UAGAUAUACUUAAUUCACGAUUCUUUCGCAAAGAGCGCGCUACUAUUGAUUCGCUAAUUCAAGGUCGUUUAGGUGGCGCUCAAAAUUUUACACAGCGGGUACAACGGAAAAUCUUUUAUCGUUUGUAUCUGAAAUAUUUUAAUUCGAGAACAUACAGGGUACGUAGCAAAUAUAUAAGACAUUUUUUCUGUUCCACUUUAAAGAUAAAACGGUAGAUACUUUUUCUGAACACAAACAAUUAAUAUCUUUCCCGCUUAAUACGGAACAUCCGUUAGUAUGCGCACGCAUAUCGAUUCGACUAAUUAUUACGUCUAUCCUAUCCAAGAACAGUAUCGUAUACAGUCGUCAAACAAGCGAUACAUAGAUUGCGAAUCUUACGCAACUGUAUUAGAAGGAAAUAAAAUGAUUUUCAAUCGAGUUCCUCAGAAAUUGAAUACUAAAUUAAUUUACACUGGCCAAUGAACCGAAAUAAGAGUCCGAAAUAGAUUUUAAAUUACGCGAAUUUUCUCGACGAACGGACCGGUAAUGUUAAGAUUGCAAUCGUAACAAAUUGUUUGAAUCUCACGCGUAUGUAUUAAAUGGUGGUAAUAUUCCACGAGGAACUUGGAGAAUUUGUUUAAACUUAUGGUUCGAUAGCUGCGUAUUCGCGUAUGUAAAAGCAGGGCGCCGUAAACGUUGGUACGUCAUUGUCGUUCGGUUAGUUAAAAUAGUGGGGAAGGUUAGGGGGGAGGUACGCAUCAGUUGCAGCGUUGCAGUUGUCCGCCAUUGCUAGGGAGUUAACUUCGGUACUAGGCCAGACGAGGGUCUCGUUUCUUGCCGCCGUGCCCCCUCCCUAUUUCAUCGUGGAAAAAACUAUUUAGUGAUUUCGUGUUACGAUUUUGGGUAUUUUGAGAUCCGGGCGAUUUCGAAUCAGCCCCACGUUACGAAGUAAUGGAGAAGAAGAGGCAUUCGACGAUGGUUACGAGCAGCGAUACGGUAUUGAAUUUUCUAACGCCGACGGGCCAGCGUCUUACUCCGACAGGGAAAAUCAGCCAUGCUAAGACGCGCGUCUACACGCAGCGAUAUCGGAAAGAAUGGGAACAGAUGUCCGACUUCAAAGGAUGGUUGACACAUGUGCCAUUUCAACCCACACGUGCUUAUUGCUUGUAUUGCAAAAAGAAUCUUCAUGCUCACAGACUUUCCUUAUUGAAACACACUUGCACGAUGAAGCAUCAACGUGCUGCUUUGCUACACGAGGCAGAGGAGAAGAAAAAGACAGCUGCUCUGAAAGUGCAUCCCGAAGGAGAAGCUGAAGUAGAAGAGGUUGAAGAGAUAGAGACUAUAGAACAUGUACAAGCGGAAAUAGAAGAAAACGAAGACGACGUCGAGUAUGUCGUCGAAAGAUUAGAAACGGACGACGAAUUGGACGAAACGCAAAUCAAAGACUCGCCUGAAGACGACGAUGGCGAUGUCGAAGAAGAAGAAGAAGAGGAGGAGGAGGAAGAAGAGGAAGAGGAAGACGAAGAUACGAAACAUUUACAAAUGACUUUGGAUGACGACGAUGUUAAACAUAGUAUGAAAAAGAUUAAAAUAGAGAGGCUGGAAGAUUGCGGGGAUACUUUGGCCGAAGCAAUGGACCACAUGCAGAGCGAAUAUUUAGAAGAAUCUGACAAUCAAGGGGCUGUGCAGAUGGAAAUGGUAGUAGAAUCCGAAUCUCAAUGUAACACGGACAUCCAAGUUAUGUCCAUUCUUCCCGAAGCUGAAGAUUCUCACAAGGAAUCGCAGAAGGAAUCGCGUGAGAAUGGAAGAGCGAUUCGACGAGGCGAAACUAAAGCGGACAGAAAGUCUGCAAAAUUAUUGCAAAACGUGAAACAAGGAGACGCCGAGUUAGUGAUGGCUUGCCCAUUGCCUGUUCUAAGUACGGCUUAUCAAAUAAAUACUUCAGUCGCACCCGCUUCGAAUACGAUCGGUGUGCUUCAACCCGUAAAUACGAUUCCUAUUGCACCCGCACAGAGUAAAACAAUUACUCUAACGUCGGGUGGCAAAACUUUGACUUUAACAGGUGGUACAUUUCAACCUGGUGCCCAAUAUGUUCUGAGUAAAUUAAAGGGUAAACUCCCUACGUUGGUAAUGGCUGGUAGGAAACCUGUAAUUACAGCUGUCCAACAAGAGGACACCGCGAAAGACGUUCAAUCGAACAAGGAUCAGCUCGCUGUAGCUAGUACCAGCUAUCAAUCUCCAAAAAAGCAUGUGCUUUUGAAGUCGGUUAAAUCUCCCUCUGGUAAAAAGCCUCGUAUUUCUACUCAUGUCCUGGAUACAAGUAAAGGUUUGCCGGUUGGAGGGCUGCAAGUGAGCCUAUACAAGUUAAUGGACGGACGAUGGACAUUUUUAAAUGAAAGCAACACGAGUCCAAACGGUCGAUGCGUAGACUUGGUGGAUAACAUGAAAGUUAAUUUCACGACGGGACGUUACAAGAUUCACUUUGACGUCGAUAAAUAUUUUACGCUGAGAAGAAUAGAAACGAUGUAUCCUUUCAUCGAGAUCGUGUUCGACGUAAGGAACCCUGCUGGUCACUACCACAUACCAGUGCUGUUGAGUCCGUUCGGCUACACAACGUAUCGCGGUUCCGAGAGAUGAACGCUAACGGAUGCUCGUUAUUUGCCAGACAAUUUAGGAAAUCGAAGUAACGUUGUUUUAAUUGUAAAGAUAUCAAGAUUCUUAAAAAUAAACAUUUUUUGUAUCGACCGAAA